AUGGAUGAUCAACUUAGCUCUUUAAUAUUGUGUCAAAAACAUAUAUAGGAACUAUUCACUCUAAAUUAGAGAUUGGAAAAGAAAUUGGAACUACAGGAUAACAAAAUAUCUUAAAUUUAAUUGUUGGUUGCUUAAAGAAAUGAGGAUCUGUAGUUGGCCAUUGAAAAAUAUACUCCUCUUAAAAUAUUUAGAGAAGAAACUACUUACUUGAGGAAUUUCUUAGAACAAAAAACUAAAGCCUUUUAAAAUCAAUUUGAUCAAUUGCAAUAAUAAUAAACAAGACAGAUGCAGAUUUUGAAGGAAGAGAAUCAAUAACAUCAUCAAACUGCAGUAGAGAAAGUCUCUAGAACAACCAAUACAGUUUUGUUCCAGAUGGAAUAAAUCGAAAAGAAAAUUCAUUCUGAAACUGUAAUAAUGGUUGAAGAACUAACAAGGAAAUCAGCUGAAAUGGAAUAAAAUAUAAUGAAGUUAUUCCAAUAAAAAUAAAAACUAUUAGAAAAACUAGCAAUAAGUUAAGAAUCAUCAAAUGCUAAAAUAAAUCUGUUUGAAAAUACCUUGAAUUAACAACUUUCUACUAUAUCUAAAAUACAAUAAACAGCCUAAAAAUAAACUCCAAAUCACAGUGUUAGAAAGUUAACUUUCGAUAAUGCUGAAGUCCCUAUUGAAUAUUUAAAAAGAUAAGAAGAUGCUCUUAAUUAUAUGACUGCAAGUAUCAAAAAUAUAGAAAAAAAGUUGGCGGAAACUGAAUAGAAACCAAAAUUAAAAAGAGAAUUAAGCUUUGAUUAAUUUUAAGUUCAGUGGUCACAACAAAAACCUAAUCAUUAAUAGCAUUCCUCAUUACCUGCUAGUUCAAUCAAACCAAUCUUAAUCAAAGAGGAAUAAAGCAGUGAGUUGGCCUAAAAUAAAUCAUCUAGAAGUGAAUACGAAAAAUCUUCAAGAAGUGAAUUAGCAUAAAAUGUAGCAGAACCAUUGACUUCAGAAAUGAAAUCACCUUCCACUUAAUAAAAUAGAGACAUCUCCAAAAUGCCUCUCUUAAUCAAAACAUCUCCCAAUCCUAUCACAGCAAGUCCAAUACCUAAUUUUUAUGAUGAUGUUAGAAUGAAGUAGGAAUACGAGAAGAAAAUGCAAUAGAUUAAAAGCUAAGAGGAACAACAAAGAUAAUCAAGGAUGAAAUAAUAAUAAGAAUAUGAGAGAUAGCUAUAAAAUCUAAAGAAAUCUUAAUCUUAAUUAUCAAAUGAUAGUUCAAUGUUAAAAAAUAAUGAUAGUUAUUUCUUUAAGCAGGAGCAAUCACUCAAUAGAAACGACAGCCAAGAAAUAAUUAAAUCUUCAGGUGGUUUACGAUCGUUGAUGCAAAAAUCAAAAGAAAGAGAUUAACAACCUUAAACUUCUCAAUCAAAAUCAAAUUUAAAUCUUUCGAACUAAUAGAAGAAAUAUUCUUAAUAGUAAUCUAAAGAACAAUUAGGCCCAAUUAAGAAUUAGAAUGUAGCCACAGGUGGUAGAAAAUCUCGAACCAGCCAAAUGAGAAACUUAGCAUAAUAAUAGAGACAUCAUUAGGAUCAAAGUGCCGAAGAAAUCGUUUACUAAUUAGAUGAGGAUGGGUAUCUUAUGGAUGAGAAUGGAAAUUAUCUAUUGGAUGAAAAAGGAAAUUACAUUUAAAUAUCUGACAAGGACUUGGAAGAACUAAAGAAACAGAACCUAGUUAUUGAGUAGGAAUGA